AGUGAGAACGAGGACGCCUUUGAAAUUAGAAACAGAGAGAGGAGAGAGAAGGAGCGCAGGGUUGAAGAAAGAUCUGAAGCUGUGGGGAGGAAAACAGUCUCUACCCAAAAAUGGAAGGACGAUCUCCUGACCAGGAAUCAGUAGGGUCUGGGACAAAACGAUCCAGUAUAUCAUCAGGGGGUCGGUCUCGUAAUUGCAAGGAAUUUCUAUAUAGAUUUGUUGAGAGUGAUACUUUUACAGCAAAACUUGAAGACUGGUUUGAAUCAAUAUCAGAAAAGUCACUACGAAAAAUGCCUGUCUUUGAUGUACCUUUUGAGUUGGUAGAACUUCAAAAAUUUGACUAUGCAUUAGAAGGGGUUCCAUUUGAGCAGCUGAUUCGGAUGCCAAAUGCUGUCUAUGCUUCAACAUCUGAUGCUGUGGAGGCAACUGCAUAUCUUGCUAUUGAAGAUUUUUUACAUGCAAGUGUGAAGGGCUUGUGGGAAGCUUUCUGGAGUCAGGAUGAACCCAUGCCUUUCUAUGUUGCUUGUCUAAACAACUCAAACUUAAAAUUUUACCAGGCUGAGAAGGCAAUAUCUAAUGGAAAACUUGGGCAUCUCUGUGCGACAGGUGUAUUGCUUAAGAACCCCAGGCAUUCACACGGAAAAUGGGACCAUAUUCUGGAACUGGCUCUUUUAAGGCCUGAUAUCAGAAGCUUUGCUAUGGAAAGUGAUCAGCAUCCUUCUUUAUCAGUUCUAGGUGAGGCUCUUUUCUAUGCUUUGCGCAUACUCUUAUCUAGGCGCUUAAGCAGAUUAACAUUUUCUCAGAGUUCAGAUUCGGUCUUUGUUCUUCUUGUUGAUUCUCAAUAUGGUGGGGUCGUAAAAGUUGAAGGAGAUGUAAAUAAAUUAGAUCUUGAUGUGAAUAAUGUUUAUGAGUGUGCUGCUGAGUGGAUUAGAAAACAUUGUAGGGUUGCAGUAUCUCCUAUUGAUAGGAUUUGGAACAAGCUUGGAAAUGCAAAUUGGGGAGAUAUUGGUGCUCUUCAAAUACUUUUUGCAACCUUCCACAGUAUUAUACAAUUUGCUGGGAUGCCCAAGCAUUCAAUUGAGGAUUUAGCUGCUGACCAUAGUUCUCGUCUCCAAACUAGGAGAGUUGAGAGGCAAUUGGGGGAUACUGGAGAGAAUGGAAGUGGUCUAUUUAGGUUUCAGCAGCGCAGUGUUUCUCCUGAAAUUGUUGAAGUUCAGGAUGAAUCCAUCAAAAUUGAGCCAGAGGCUGCAAUGAAGUUGGAAGUAGGAUCUGUACUGUCAUUGGAGGAUUCAAACUGGCAGAAAGGAUAUCAGAUAAAUGAAGUACUUAGUAAUGGUGAACUGCCUUAUUACAAAGCGUCACCGGUUGAAGACCCAGGAAAGUCCCUGUUUUUAUAUGUUGGAUCCCAUCCUUCUCAGCUGGAACCAGCAUGGGAAGAUAUGAACUUAUGGUAUCAAGUGCAGAGACAGACUAAAAUAUUGACUAUUAUGAAACAGAAAGGUCUAUCUAGCAAGUAUCUGCCUCAGCUGAGUGCAUCUGGAAGGAUUGUUCACCCUGGUCAUUGUCGGAGACCCAGCUCAGGUGGAAACUGUGAUCAUCCUUGGUGUGGCACUCCAAUUCUUGUCACCAGUCCAGUUGGAGAAACAGUUGCUAAUAUGGUAAGCAAAGGCCGAUUUGGCAUAGAUGAGGCUAUUAGGUGUUGCCAUGACUGCUUGUCUGCACUUUUUGCUGCCUCUUCAGUUGGCAUUCGCCAUGGAGAUUUGAGGCCUGAGAAUGUGAUUUAUGUGAGGUCUGGUGUGAGGCAUCCUUAUUUUGUCCUCAUUGGUUGGGGACAUGCCAUUCUGGAAGAUAGAGACCGCCCAGCAAUGAAUCUUCACUUCUCAUCUACCUAUGCUCUUCAGGAGGGAAAGUUAUGCUCAGCGUCUGAUGCAGAGAGUCUAGUUUACAUGCUUUAUUUUUCAUGUGGAGGUGCUUUUCCUGAACUGGAUUCGGUUGAAGGGGCACUACAGUGGAGGGAGACCUCUUGGUCUAGGAGAUUGAUUCAGCAGAAACUUGGUGAUGUCUCUACUGUAUUAAAAGCAUUUGCUGAUUAUGUUGAUAGUUUGUGUGGGACGCCUUAUCCUAUUGAUUAUGACAUAUGGUUAAGAAGGUUGAAUAGAAAUAUUCAAGAGGAAGAUCAUGGGAAGGAAAUCAGCACAUCUCCUUAGAUCUAAUUCCAAUGGUCAAUCUUGGCAGAGAUUAAACCAUUAAUUGCCUCAGUAAUCAUUGCUUGCUAACUGCAAUAUUUGGGUGGAAGUAGCUGUUACCUGAGGCCUGUUGUUUUUGACUCAUUGGGCAAUCUGGAAUUUGUAUCUCCAAUUGGGAUGGCACAAUUCAAAGGUGAUGGCAAUUCAAAGGUGCAACAGUGGUUCUCAUUGGAUCCCAAGGAGCAACUUGAUUUUGUAGUUAAUUGUUUUUCUCUGUAAUUGCUAGGCUAUUCUGUUUUUUGAGAAAUCUAUGGGACUGGUGGUUUCUGGUUUGUGCAGAAGUGAGGUGCACCAUUCAUGCCUUUCCAGAACAUUUUGCUCUUAGUAUGCUUAUGGAUAGGAUUCAAUGGAAAUUUCCUGGAGAUGUUCAGGCGGUUCCCACAUUCUGUAGAGGAUCAGAAAGAUGAAUUCUUCAGCAUUUCUGAUAUGUUAAUAUGUGUUGUCUCUAGUUUGUUCAUUCCUUUGUAAAGAUAGGAGCCAUGUCAGACCAUUUAUAGCUUGGCUUCUGGAGAUUGGUCUGGAAUGGUGGAAGGCAACCAGGUAAGCACUCCAUUCUCAAUGGGGGUUGUAAGGCUGUGUAUCUGCAGUAUCUCCUCUUCUUCAGUAGAUAAAGUCUGUAUCCUCAUAAUUUUGUUGUCUUUCCUAUAGUAAAUGAUUAUCAAAUUUGUUGACCGAACCAUUGAAGGACUUCUUUUAAGCAGCACUGAGUUACAUACGGACGGAGAAUGAUAGAGUGGGAAGGGGUAUAGCUGGUUUUAUUAUUUGUAUCUAUUAUUAUCCUGUUGAACAGGUUUUUAAACUUAAGAGUAAUGAAAUUUUCUCUUCAAU